AUGUCAUCUGCUUCGGCACCUGCAAAUUCUAUUCAAUCAUCAAUAUCCAUUAUUACUCGUGAUUCAUCGAAUGCUGUCAAUUCAUCAUCACGUAUGCAACAGUAUACAACUGAUCGAAUUAAAUUUCUAUUAAAACAACAACCAUCGACAUACAAGGUUCUUGAAAAUGAGAAAAAUAAAUCUUCAAUAUGUUGGAAAGUGUUUGGUUUUCCAGCUAAAAGAAUAGAAAAUACUAAUGAAUAUCAAAAGAUUGAUGGUUUUACAAGUUGUCGAACAUGUUAUCAAACAUUUUCUUAUACAGUAACUACUGGAUCAAAAUUUGGUGAAUUUGAUGUCAGUUGUGCUUUACGUGGUGCCGAUACAAUAUCUAAUCAUAUUUAUGAUUUAGCUGAUGAUUAUCGUUUAAAAUUAAAAGAUAUUCUUCGAGAACCACUUGAAAGUGGUGCUCUUUGUGUUAGUCCUGAUCUUUGGUCAGGCGACCACAUGAAAAUCUCUUAUUUGGGUAUUACAGCAACGUUUACUACCUCAAAUCAUGAAUAUAAAACUGUUGAUUUACGUUGUAAACCGUUUGUUGGUGAUGAUCAUAGUGAGAAAAAUAUAUUAAUUGCCAUCCAAAAAGCACUAGAACCUUAUGGUAUUGAUGAUUUAACAAAAUUGAGUUUUAUGUCAGACCGAGGUACGAAUCUGAUCAAAGCUCUUCAAACUUAUGAAACAUUAUUUUGUUUUCCGCAUCGGAUCAACAACGUUUUGAAAAGAGCUUUUUUUCAACAAAAGAUUCGUCAAACAUCGACAAAUUCAUUAACAACUGUUCAAACGACAACAACAACACCAUCAAGUUCAAAUAUUGUUACAAAUGAAAACUGUCAAUCAUCUUCAUCAUCAUCAUCAGAAGAAGAGGAAGAAGAAUUGUUUAAACUAACAAAGCAAAUUAAAAAGAAAAAAACAAAAAAAAAUAAAUCAUUAAUCCAUAUUGAAAAUGAUCCAAUGAAAUUAGAAUUAAAAGAUUUACAUAUAAAAGCUCAAGAAAUAAUUGAAACCAUUAAACAAUGUAAAAAGUUGGUUCGAUAUAUUAAGAAGGUACUUAAUUUCUUGAACUUGGAUUAUUUUAAAAUACUCAUAUAUAAUGGGGAAGUUAUCAACAAUAAUGGUCUCAAUAAAGAUAUACAAGCUAAUGGUGGCGUUGCGUUGCAACAAUCAACGGUCGUGAGAUGGUUAUCGUUAAUUGAUUUGUUGGAAAGUUUAGUUAAAUCGUAUAAACAAACUAAACGAAUAUUAUUUAGUCGACGACAACAAGAAAAAAUCAAUAAAAUCGAUGAAUAUGUAUUAAAACAGUUAAUUUGUUUGCUUAAACCAUUCCAACAUGUAUUGCAAUUGGUUCAACAAGGUGAUUGUCCGUCCUUAUAUAUGGUUCUUCCUUGUACAUUAACUUUGAGAAAAGCAUUAUCAUCAUUUGAUGAAUUAAUGAAACAUCAAAUGUCAAAAACAGCUGAUAAUAAAGAUGAAAAUACUGAAAAUAUUGAUGUUGAAGAAGCAGAACUGCUUGCAGAAUCCGAAGGUCUUCGAAUACUUCGAAUACGUUUAUUAGAAUUAUUUGAUUUAAUGUUUAUAUUGGAUUUACGCCAUUAUACUGCUACAUUAUUACAUCCACGUUAUCGACAACUAAAAGGUUGUUCAAAUGCUGAACGUGAUGAAGUUUAUAGCUAUAUUCUUCAAGUUUCUAUUCUUCAACAAUAUGAAGAUGAUGAUGAUCUGAAUUCAUCAAAAGUUGAGAAUAAUAGUUCAGGAAGUGAAGAUUAUGAUUAUAAUUCGGUACACACAGAUGAAUUAGCAAGAUAUUUAGCUUUAGAGCUUGACAAAUCAAAAUUGUCAUCAAAUCCACUUGAGUUUUGGAAAGAAUAUCAAGGAAUGUUUCCUGUUCUAUCGAAGCUUGCUCGACAAAUUCAUUGUAUACCUGCAUCAUCAUCUGCAGUAGAAAGAUGUUUUAGUUCAAGUGGUUUUAUUAUUAAUGAACGUCGAACAUCAUUAAGUCCUGAUCAACUCGACAAUAUAAUAGUAAUUAGGUCAGUAAAAAAAUUACUGAAGUAA